AUGGAGUCGAUUGCUCUCGGCUGUUUGUUCAACGGACUGAUGGAGUCGCCGCUACUCAUGAUAGUACUUUGUCUGGGCAUGUUCAAGGUUGCUGGAGCAGUUUUGAACAGUUUGUGGUGCGUCGUUGCUGCGCUGCUAUUGCGUGAUUGCGAUCUUCUGACAAAAAUACUUCCGGAGAACAAGGCGUACUGGAAGGGCCGAACGGCGUGGGUUACCGGCGCCUGCAGUGGAAUUGGACUGAGCGUCGCCCGGCUGCUGGCCCUGCGUGGCUGUAAAAUCAUCAUGUCCAGUAACCGACCGGAUGCACUGAAAGCUGCUGUGGAUGACAUUAUCAAAUUCUGCAACAAAAAAGGGACGCAGAGGAAAGAGAGUGACUUCCUUGUGCUGCCGUGUAACAUGUUACACCUCGAAACCUUGGAUGACACAGUCGCCAAGGCGAAAGAGUGGCAGGGCAAGAUUGAUUUUCUUUUCAACAAUGCCGGAAUUAUCGGAGUUGGUGCUCUAAUGCCGUACAAGUCGGACGAGCGAGUAGUCACUGUCGACUUGCUUGCCCAAAUGAAGAUUUCCAAGCUUGUCAUCCCAAUCAUGAAGGAAGCUGGUUUUGGGCACAUCAUCUUUACCGACUCCAUGUAUAGCCGUUUCGUCACAGGCGGCUUCGCUUCGUACUGCGCUGCCAAGCACGGACUGCGUGCUUUCGCCGAAGGACUGGACAGAGAAUUCAGGGCCAAGGGAUAUAAUAUUGCGGUUACGAACAUCUGCCCCGGUUGGGUGGACACGCCGAUAUACUCGAGGGCUGUUGGUCCUGCUGAGAUGCCCGAGGCAGUCGACUACAAAAGCAAGAAAGUUACAGUCGGCCUCUCAAGCGAAACGGUUGCUGCAAAGAUUCUGAAAUCGUCGUCGAACCGGUUGACCGAGUGCUGGGUGUCGCGGAACCCGGAACUAUUGAUUGCGUAUUUCAACUACUAUGUACCCUUCGCCGCUCGCAUCUUCCUUGACAUUUCUGCAAAAAGCAUGUGCGCUGCAACAGAUGAAACUGUGGCAGACAUUAUCGCACAAAAGGCUAUUAACAACCCGAAAGCAGAAGAACUUCGAUAA